AAAUACAUAAACUGCAAGUCUUUUAAUUUACUUUGUUUUAAAGGUUGCCAUUCACAAUAAAAUUCCAAUUAGAUUAAUUAAUUCACUGCAGAUGAAGAAAUGCCAAAAAAUACAAUUUAAUUACCCUUGUGUACGCGCGUGUGCUGCCGCCUGCUGGACAAAUGUGAACCUGCCCCACGUGUUUCCAUCCGAGCGUCACGUGCACUGCAGCAGCGCGUCACGUGAUUCUCAACACGCACGCUCCGCGUGCUCAGAAACAGUCCUGAGAGGGGACGCGCACGCAGACGCAGGUGUUGGCGCGGCGAAGGCAUUGCGCAUGUUCAGUGGCGCCCGGGUGGCCGGCCGGCACGGGCAGGGGCGGGGCUGCGGGCGUUGUGCUCUCUUCUCCCACCUGACGUCAAGUGCACGCGCACGCGCAAAAUCCGCGAGGAGGACGAACCAGCUGCGGCGGUCCGGUCGCUGUCGCUGUGCGCGGGCACCACGAGAUGCUGUCACCGUCGCGAUGGUCGUCAACAUGGAUGCGUACGUGCGAGUUUCCGUCCUGUGCUGACUAGGGGUGCUUCAUUGAACGGAUAUCCCCCCCCCCCCACACACACACACGAAUCAUCUCAAUAACUUCCCACAAGGACACAAGCGGUGGAGGCAAUGUCCCAAUCCGGGAAGGUCGUCCACCUGUAUGUGGAAGUCAGGUCUGCUUCCGAUCCUAGUGUAGGGGGGAAGACAUUUGGAGAACACAAACAUGGUUCUCCUCUGAAACACUCGGGACUUAAGGACAAUACUCGGGACCUCCUGUCCCAGCUCGCCAGCCGGACCCCCACCAGGUGUCAGACCCCCAGUCCUAAACUACUCCACCAAUCUCCUCCAGUUUCUGGAAGGUCUCACCUCAAUCAAGCCUUCAGUUCUCCCAGGGCAUUCAAGCGCUGGAGUCUACCAUGUGACAUGAAGACCUCCACCAAGGCCUGCUCUGACAACAAAGAGGGGAUUGAUGGGAAGCGGUCUGUGGUCUCCUUCAGUUAUGUGCAGAAGUCCAACGUGAAGACUUUAAGCAGUCCAGGGAACAGUCAGGAAAGAGGCACCCAGGUUCACAAAAGAGUUUGUGACCCUUUUUGGUAUGAUUCUUCAUGCAGUCCUAAAUUGACAUUUCAACCUUCAGGUUUCCGACCCGCUCUGGACCCCGUUGGCAGGGCCGCAACUCGAAGGGCUUUGGAGCACUUUGGAUCCCCGCUAUUGAGUAUCAAAGUGGCGCAUAGACUGGAGCGCUCAACGUGGUCUCGGACCCAUCACCCAGCCCGUUGUCAGUCCUGGUCCGGUUCUCCUGUCCUGCACCACAACAAAAACCGCGGGACAUGGGGGUGGCCUUGGACUCCGGUUUCAGACCAGCAGUCCUCACAGUGCCAAAGUCCUCUUUUUCACUCCCAAAGACCUGCUGACUUGGCAGAUGACGUCAUGGGAGGCUUAAACCAGUUGAGCGGCAAUUCUAAACGUUCAUCCGGCCCCUGGAUUCAUCCCAAAGAAUCCAGACCCGCUUCUCCACAUCAGAGCCACAAGAUGAACAUCCCCGUCCACAUGUCAGCUGCAAACCAGGGUGGGCGACCCCUCCACCAGUCCAACCAGCUCCUGAGCUGGGCUCCUGAGUCGCCCUCCCCUCCUCCGCGCGUCCACCGCCCUUCUCACCCUCCUACCGAGCUUGGCUCCCCCAUCAGGGACCCUGGAGUGUCCCUGGGUAAUCUCCGACCACCUGACAGUCUCACCCUGCAUCGAUGUCAGACACCGCAGUACACCAGCGCCAACCGGAGGGGCUCAGGAUGCAGAGAGAGAGGAGAUCACUCAUGGUUGACCUCCAAACCCUUAGUCAGUCAGAUGAUUGAAGAGGCACCGGAUAAGAGGCGGAGUAGCAUUCUUUUCCCAGUCCCGGACAGCGACCAGGCUUGCGAUGGGUCCGGCCAGCAUGGAUCUCUCAGCCCAACAAUGCAACAGAAGCGAGCUGAGCAAAAAAGGAGAGAGCGCCUCCUACUGGGCCCUGUGGUCCUAGACUCCCCGGACGCGGACUGUGACUACCCUUUGGAUGCCAUGGGAGGAUCCUCACCGGGCUCCAGCGGAGUCACGGGCAGUUUAGGGGAGCGGGAGUGCUUGUCACCCGAGUCCCUUCAGUCCGGCCACCAGGGAAACGAGAGCGGAGCCUCGACCUCUGGAAUACAGACGGACAGUGCAGCGCCUGUCCUGUCGCUACACUGUCAGAAGAUCGCUCGGGCCAAGUGGGAGUUUCUCUUCGGACCCGAAGAGGGCGCCGGCAGCGGGCCCGCAAACUUUGUGGAAGCUUCCACAGCACCCCCUAGUGGAAACUCCAGCGAGUCCCCCACCCCGACCCCUCCCUCCUCCCUGCCGCUGCUUGCCGCCAGUCAACAUGUUCGACACGUGGAGGUGGAAUUGGUGACCCCGCCCCCCGCCGCCGCCCAUGUCGGGUGGUCCCCCGAAACGGGCGUCAUCCGCCGCACCCUCAAGUACUCAGAGACGGACCUGGACGCCGUCCCGCUGCGUUGCUACCGUGAGACGGACAUGGACGAGGUGCUGAUGGGUGGGCAGGUGGACAAAGACUCUGCGUUUGGGAGUAACAGAAGUGUCCACGGGGAGGAUCCUCAGGGCUCAGGCCUUAGCCCGUACGGUUUGGCUUUCGGGUCUUAUACGGGAAGGGCUGAGGAAGAGGGGAGUCGAGAAGGAGAGCAGGUGGAGGAAGAGGAAGAUGAAGAGGUGGUGAGCUGGGCGAGUGUGAGGAUGCAAGGGGAUGACAGGAAACAACAAGACGCAGCGCAGGAACUGGAACAAGGUUUCCCAUGCAUGAAGAGGGCGUCGGAGUGUUUUUUGGACGCCCGUCAGCCGGCUCUCAAGUCGCCCGUCCGGUUGCCGCAUCGUCGCCGGGCCACCGAGGACGCCUUCAGCCGCCAUUUUGAGAGCAUCGUGGAGUCGGCGCGAGCCAAGGGGACGUCCUUCCAAAGCCUGGACGGCCUCGACCCUGCGCCCGACUCGGACGCCACGCGGGCGCCGUCCAGCGAGAGGCUGAGCGGCGGCUCGGCGGACAUGCCGUCGUCCGUGCCGAGGGAGGAGGCGGUCCAGCGGCGCGUGGCCAAGUGGCGGCGAGACGACAGCGCCGACGCCGAGCGCAUGGCGCGACACCUUUACCACUCGGACGGCUUCCGCCGGGCGGACGCGGUGCAGCAGCUGAGCAGGAACCGCCUGCUGGCAGACGAGUACCUCCGACUCUUUGAUUUCUCGCAUCUACCCCUGGACCAAGCUCUCAGAGAGUUCCUGAAGCAGGUGGCGGUGUCGGGGCAGAGUCAAGAGCGAGAGAGGCUGCUGCGACAUUUCUCCCGCCGUUAUUUGCUGUGCAACCCGACCGGUUUUCCCUCGGAGGCUGCCGUCCACACGCUGACGCGUGCGCUCAUGUCUCUCAGCGCGGACCUGCACGGCCCGAAUGUUGGGCCAAGAUGUCCUGCGUGCAAUUUGUCCACAACUUGGACGGACUCAAUGAUGGACGAGCCUUCCCCAAACAUCUGCUCAAAAUUUCCAGCCACCCUCGUCAGCACCAGCGACUCCUCCUUCCCUUUGGCCAUCUGCUCCCUGUUUUGCAGCAACCCGGAUCGAGCGACUUCUUCGGUGACCAUGAUUGGCGUGAACAGCCUGCACUCGGCGGGACGUCUGCGCUCGCGCUCGCUUUGCACGGUGCGCUACGGCCGCGAUUUCCGCAUGAUGGACCCGUUUCGCUACCCCAGGACGCCGCGCUCGCGGUCCCUCAAGCCGCUCGUCUUUCCCGACCUGCUGGGAAAAGCUCAGGACGGCCAAAACCACCCGCAGGCCCGCAAGAGGAGGAAGGCUCUCUAUAACUCCAUCAAAACACAGAAGCUGCAGUGGACCCUCGAUGAGGAGGAACUGAGGAAGUCCUUCUCGGAACUCGGGGACAGCCUGUGCGACUCGUCGAGAUCGGCCAAGGGGAGUGGCGGCGGUGGUGGCGGCGGCGGCGGCAGCGAUGAUGGGACGUUGUCGGCGGAUGAGACGCCGCCCUGUAGGACGCCGCUGUACAAGAACGGCUUCCUGGUGCGCAAAGUGCACGCCGACUCGGACGGGAAGAGAACGCCGAGAGGCAAGCGAGGCUGGAAGACCUUCUACGCCAUCUUGAAGGGGCUCAUCCUCUACCUGCAGAAAGGCGAGUACCGCGCCGACAAGCCGCUGACGGACGACGACCUGAAGAACGCCGUCUCCAUCCAUCACUCGCUCGCCAUCAAAGCGGCCGACUACAAUAAACGUGCAAACGUCUUCUACCUGCGGACUGCAGACUGGAGGCUCUUCCUCUUCCAGGCUCCAAACGCCGAGCAGAUGCAGUCGUGGAUCACCAGCAUCAACACGGUGGCGGCCACAUUCUCGGCUCCGCCCUUCCCGCCCGCCGUCGUCUCCCAGAAGAAGUUCAGCAGGCCUCUGUUGCCGGGCAACAUGUCCAAACAGUCCGAGGAGGAGCAAGCGCGUUCCCAUGAGGCCCGUUUGCGGGCCGUAUCUUCGGAGCUGGCCGAGCUGCUUUCUUGCCCGCCCCAAAACAAACUCAAAGGCAGACAGCUAGACCAGUACCAGCAGAGGGACCAGUAUCUGCACUUUGAGAAAACGCGCUACGAGACAUACGUGGCCCUGCUGCGGGCCAAGAUGGAGGGCGGUGGCGGCGGCCCCAGCAGCGAGGCCGAGCUAGAGGAGGACGAGGGCGCUCUGCAGAGGGCGCAGUCCAGCCCCACCCUGCACGACGGCAGCCAGGCCAGUGGAACCCGAGCGGGCGGCAAAGCUCGGCAGGACGUCCAAAGGCACAGCUACAGGCAAGCCGUGAAGAAGUGAGGACGGUCUCGACGCCCGCCGCUGGGCUUUUUCUUUGCUUUGGAGCGGGCGGUAGCCUCUCGCCCGCUACGCCCUGCUGCUUCCUCAGGCCAGCCGGCUUGCCCGCUACCCGGAUGGAUGGGCGGGGACAAUGGCGCCCAAAUCGGCGUGCAAAAUGGCACCCAGUCAGAACAGGAUAGUGCCCUGCCAGCAUCGCAUAAACACCUUCUAUUUGCCUCGUCUUUCCUUUUUCCUUCUUUUCCUCUGUUCCGUCUUGUCCUUCUUUUUUUCUUUUUGCCUUUCUUUCCUUCCUUUCAGCUUUUCCUCCAUCUUGUCUCAUCACUUCCUGCGUGGCGACGAGAGAGCGCAUUGACACUUCUCUUUUCUUCUUUUUGUCUCGGGUUCUUUUUCUUCUCGUGCUCCUCUGCUCCUUUUCUCUUCACCUCUUUGCUCUUCUUUGGCUCUUUUCUUCAUCUUGCCUUCUUCUCUUUCCUAUCUUGCUCCAUCUGUUGUCCUUCGUGGCCACCAGUUGGACUCAGGCGCUGUGUUUUCACUCACCAGACGGAUCUGGAAUGUUCUUUCAGCUUCUCCCACGCGCCACAUUUGACUGCAGGACGCGCGUCGUCAAAGGCCGAGGCCAACCGUGAACGGUGAACAUGGCCCGGAGGUCAGAACAGCAUUUCAAAAGUGUAACUCAGCUCCCAAACUGGCUGUUUGUUGUUUGGCGGAAGGACGGCUCAGAGAGCCCGCCCCCUCGCAUACAUCAUCUGGGGGACACUUCAACUCUUCUUCACCUUCAAUCAAUUGCAUUUAUUUUAGUGUGUGCGUUUGUGUGCAUCUUGGCUUUUCUAUGCGGGUGUGUGUAUGUGUGUCUGUCUGUGUCAUAUGUUCUUAGGAGAUAUGUGUGUGUGCGCGCAAACGGACAUGCUGUGGAUGUGCACGUACGUUUAUGGGGGGGGUAUCAUUCAAGAUUGAGCUCAAACGACAAGUGAAGCCCCACCCCCACGUUAGCGACUGACUUGAGGUGGAGGCAGAGGCUAGUUACCACGGUAACCAAAGUGCCCGCCGUCCACCAAGUGAUGGACACAGGCUUGUGCUUGGCGCGAGGUGGUGGUCGCCCUGACAACAUUUCCCCCCCUCCAUUGAUAACGGGAUGAUUGUAAAUAAUAAAGCAUGUUUAUUCUUCUUGAUUUGGGCUUUCGGACUAAUUCAGAUCACUGUCCGUCUUUCUGCUCCUUUGUGAACAUUUUCAUCUGGUUGAAUAAAAACGUUUCUUUGUUCUUCACUGGAA